UCUUUUCUCUCUCCAUCAUUCAGCGAUCUUGCAUUUCGCCCUCCAAACCCUACUCGCAUCGCAGGAAGAGGAACCCUUCCCCACACCAUGGCGAAGUGCUCGCCGUUGUCGGCGACCUCCGGCUACGAGGACCCGAGCCCGAUCAGGCACGUCCUCUGCGUGACGAGGGACGAAGACGUCAAGCGUUUCGAAGAGACCGAGGACUGCUUCAUCCUGGGUUUCGACCCGUUCGACCGCAUCUCCAGGCUCUCCGUGGCGAUGGCCGAGGCUGGUGGCGACGAUGGGUCCAAGGACCUCGUCGUCAUCGCUGAGAAAGGACAGGUGGCUUGUAGAGACUUCCCGCACUCAAGGCAUCUUUGUCAGAAAUUUCCCUUUGCAACUACGCCCCAUGAAAGAUACUGCGAGCUGUGCUACUGCUAUGUAUGCGAUUCAGCUGCCCCCUGUAAGAAGUGGUCCAAUAAAGGCCAUUGUGAUGCCACAGAGCACGACCAAAGGUGGAAGUCAAAGAGGCAGAAGAAAUCGAGGAAAAAGAGGGAAGGAUAAAUGGCAAUUGAAGGACUCUUCAUAUUGUCUGUUUUCUUGCUAGUUCGUGGUGAAAGUAGUGGAUACUUGAUAGCAUCUCGCCGGCAUACAGUGAGCAGCAUUGUGCUCUUUCCUUUUCUGAUGAUCAAUUCAUGCUCUUGCACUUGUUGAUCAGCUGAUCAUGUCCCUAUUUUUGCGCUUGGUUUCGGCCAUUGACUCGAGUUCAUGAAAGGGUAAUUUGUAUAGGACAGCUUUUGGAAUCAAGGAACUUGAUUGUACAGUCAUUUGAUCCGUUUUGAAGCAGAAGGUCCAAUUUCGUAA